GGCAUGCUAGCUCAGACGCUGCUGCUUGGUUACCCACAGCGACGAUUACAGAUCAUUACUCCCGAGGCAGACUUAAAGGAGGAGGAUGCAAUAGAGAAGCCAAGGAGAAGGAUGCAAUAAAGAAGCCCAGACUUAAAGGAGGAGGAUGCAAUAGAGAAGCCUCUCUCUCUCUCUCUCUCUCUAUCUAAAGACAACUUUCUGUCUUUCUCUCUCCCUCUCUGCGUCGUCGUCUAUUCAAGAGUGGAGAGGAGAGUCCACAUAAGGUCAACUGAAUUGGAUGAAGUUGAGUGACAGUUGAGUCUGCAGCGGGAUUUAUUGAAACAGUUUAAAGCCGAUUCAUCAGCGAACGUAUAUGCAUUUAUAUCGUUUUGGCGGGCUCCCCUUCUUCUCUUGGAUGCCCUCCAAAAAGAUCUGUCUCAGAGCCUCUAUAAAGAUGAAGCAGAAUUUAAGAGAAAUCGUCGAGUUUAUUAUUUCUCGAAGUGUGGUUCUGGACUGUGAGGCCGGGAGUGAGAGAGCUGCUGAUUUUGCUUUUUGCAUUUGGGAAAAUGAAGAGUGUCGUUUGGUUGACAGUGGCGAUGGUGGUGGUGCUGAGUGCUGGGGCUGAGGUUAGUCCGAGUCGGUAUGAUGAGGAUGACAAGCACUUCUGGCAUCAUGGAGUCUUUGGCCGGCCGUUCAGGAAAAGGUUCGGGGGUGGCUUCGGUGGUGGUUUUGGUGGGGGAGGAGGCUUUGGCCAUGGUGGUGGGCUAGGAGGUGGUGCUGGUGGCGGGAUAGGCCAUGGUGGUGGUUUAGGAGGUGGUGCUGGUGGCGGGUUAGGAGGCGGUGUUGGUGGCGGGCUAGGAGGUGGUGUUGGUGGUGGCAUGGGAGGCGGUGCUGGUGGUGGUCUAGGUGGAGGGCUAGGAGGUGGGGCUGGUGGAGGGUUAGGAGGCGGUGGAGGGUUAGGAGGCGGUGCUGGUGGUGGUUUAGGUGGAGGUGUGGGAGGUGGUGCUGGUGGAGGGCUAGGAGGUGGGGCUGGUGGAGGGUUAGGAGGCGGUGUUGGGGGAGGCUUGGGUGGUGGCAUAGGAGGUGGGGCUGGUGGAGGGCUAGGAGGCGGGGUCGGAGGUGGUGCUGGUGGCGGGCUCGGGAGUGGUGCUAGUGGUGCGCUAGGAGGCGGUGCCGGUGGAGGCUUAGGGGGCGGUGCUGGUGGUGGUUUAGGUGGAGGGAUUGGAGGUGGAGCUGGUGGUGGUGUGGGUGGUGGGCUAGGAGGCCAUGCUGGUGGUGGUUUAGGUGGAGGAAUGGGGGGUGGCGCUGGCGGUGGUUUAGGUGGCGGUGCUGGCGGUGGUCUUGGUGGUGGCGCCGGUGGAGGGAUAGGAGGUGGUGUUGGUGGUGGUAUAGGCGGAGGGAUAGCUGGAAGUAUUAGUGGUAGUAUAAGUGGAGGGAUAGGAGGCGGUGUAGGUGGAGGGGUAGGAGGAGGCGUUGCUGGUGGUAUAGGUGGAGGGAUUGGAGGUGGUAUUGGCGGAGGUUUAGGUGGCGGUGCUGGUGGUGGUGCAGGCGGAGGGGUAGGAGGUGGUGGUGGCGGUGGGCUAGGUGGCAGUGCUGGCGGAGGGAUGGGAGGUGGUGCGGGUGGGGGUGUGGGUAGUGGUUUGGGUGGUGGACUAAAGGGAGGAGCUGGUGGUGGAAUAGGAGGAGGUGCAGGUAGUGGUUUAGGUGGCGGACUAGGAGGAGGUGCAGGUGGUGGUGUUGGUGGCGGUCUAGGAGGUGGUGCAGCUGGCGGACUGGGAGGUGGUGCUGGUGGUGGGUUUUGAGCAAGUGGGGGGCUUGGUGUCUUUGGUGGUGGCGGAUUUGGAGGAAGCAGCAGCGGGAAUGUUGGUGCAGUGCAGGUGGAGGAGGCAGUGUUGGCGCAGGAGGCGGUGGUGGUGGGUCGUUGAGCAUGCCGCCAGAAAAACGUGUGAUAUGAUCAUCCUCUUAAGUUUGGUAUGGAAAGAAUGUUCAGUACCAUUUUGGAACUUUUGAAAAAAUAGUUUCUUUUGUUUAUAUA